AUGACCACUCGACAGCCCCUUCGGAUACUGAGCCUCCUAUGCUCCCGCCAGUGCACCAGCUCUCGCCGUCUCGCAGCAGCCACAUCCACCCUGAAGGCUGACCUCCGCUGGUCGUCAUCCAGCUCGCGAUGGAAGCAGCGCCAGGGAAGGGACGCAUUCUCGCGAGGAGCAAAAGUCCAAGGCUUAAAAAGCAGAGCUGCCUUUAAGCUCCUCGAGAUGGAUUCCAAGCAUAGGCUUUUCAAGCCCGGACAGACUAUUGUCGAUUUGGGAUACGCGCCGGGCAGCUGGUCGCAAGUCGCGCAGGAACGGACCAGGCCGCACGGGAGGGUCAUUGGGAUCGACCUGAUUCCCGCGCAGCCUCCGCGCGGCGUGGCUACUUUCCAGGGGGACUUUCUGUCGCCCGGUGUGCAGAGGCUUGUGAGGGAGUUUAUCGCCCGGACGGGGAGGCCCGUCGAGAAGGUUGAGAGGGGGGAGGAAGGGGAGACGAUGAGCUAUAUUGAUCGCGAGAGACAGGCUUCCGAGGAGAGGGAGGGGAAUGGGACGUCGGCGUCGGUGGAUGUUGUUCUAAGUGACAUGUCAGCACCCUGGGAUCAAACCUCUGGCUAUAUGUCCAACACGUUGACCAAUCCGUAUCGUAGGCUGAUGAACACGAGUGGUGUUGCGUUUCGAGACCACGCAGGGAGCAUGGACCUUUGUGCGGCGGCGCUACAAUUUGCAAGCGAUACCCUUAGGCCAGGUGGGCAUUUUGUGUGCAAGUUUUACCAGGGGAGCGAGGACAAGAAGUUUGAGGCGAGGCUGAAGAAGAUGUUUGCAAAGGUGUUUAGGGAGAAGCCCGAGUCUUCGAGAAGCGAGAGCAAGGAGGCUUAUUUUAUUGCCUUGAAGCGGAGGGCGGGUGUUGUCGUUGAUUUUGAGGACUCUGUAUAA